AAAAAUUGUAAACAAAAACAUUUUAUGUUUUGUCUUCAUCUAUUUAUUUUCAAUUCAAUUUUCUGUGCUCGUGACUCUUAGUUUUUUUGUACAAUGGGCAACCAUUUGUCCGGAAUUGUACCUGUACAGCUUCACCCAACGGAAUAUUAUCUAUCUGAUAUCGCUGCGACCGAGUGUGUUACUUUCGAUGGGAAUCUUGGAUCAACACGAUUCUUCAAAGUGGCUCGAGUUAAGCUACACCAAGUACGCCCUCAAGCAUCUGACAUGCAAUCAUCUAUUUCUAAUCAAUAUUCUGGACUUGAUGCUCCCAGUCUUGGUGUUGCUAAAGUGUUUGUUAUUAAUGAUCCUACCUUACCAUUGAAAGCUCACAAAGAAAUGAUCGAUUGGGUUAAAGAAAUACUGAAAGAUAAUCCAAAUGCACUCGCCUUCAGCAAAGCUGUUAUCAAUGAGAAAGCGGCCGUUCUGAUUAGACAGUAUAUCAAAUAUAAUUUGUAUGAUAGAAUAUCAACUCGACCAUUUUUAACAUUCUUCGAGAAAACAUGGAUCGCUUACCAAGUACUCAAAUCUGCAGAAUGGAUUCACGAGAAAGGAAUCUGUCAUGGGGACAUCAAAUUGGAAAACAUUCUCAUCACAAGUUACCUUUGGGUUCUUAUGACAGAUUUUGCUACAUAUAAGCCAGUAUUUCUUCCUGAGGACAAUCCAGCUGAUUUCUCUUAUUUUUUUGACACCUCAAGAAGACGAACUUGCAAUGUUGCCCCAGAGAGAUUCACUCAUGAGAGUCACUCUCAGGGUGAUCUCACUCCUCCUGAAUAUGUUCCCACCUCGGCUCAAGAAUCAAGUACAUCAAUUGACCAUCAACCGUCCAUGGAUCUUUUCAGCAUUGGCUGUGUUCUUGCUGAGCUUUUCACAGAAGUUUCUUCAAACGGUGGUCUUUUUGAUCUUUCUACAUUGCUCUCUUACCGAGCAGGAGAUCGUAAUAUUCAAAGCUACAACAAGAUAAUCGAUUCAAUUCCCGAUGAUCUGAUACGUCAAACAGUUUUGAAUUUCACCGAACUGGAUCCUAAGCUGAGAAAAUCAGCUUCACACCACUUGAAAGCUUUAACUCCAACGCUAUUUCCCAAUUAUUUCAGUGAUCUUUUCAUCUUUAUCAAAGAUAUAAUCAAACUUCCACCAGAUGAAAAGGUUAUUCAAAUUUCCAGCAAAUUGAAAACAAUCAUUCCUUUAAUAGAGAAAGAAGAUCCUAAAGGUUUUCUUUUGCUCAUUGUUUUGGUAACUUCAGUAAUCCGAUCGUUAAAACACCUACAUGCAAAAACUAUUGGCCUGAGGCUAUUAUGUGAUAUUUUAAACUGUGAUGUAACUACUCUCUCUCCAUACAUAUUGGACAGAAUUUUGCCUUAUUUAUUGGUCAUGCUUCGAGAUCCCGUUUCAAGGGUUCGAGUUGAAGCAAUCGAUGCGUUGGCCUUUUGCUUAUCGAAAGUAGACACUGUACCCCCAAGUGAUAAUAACGUUUUCCCAGAUUACAUUCUUCCAAAUUUGACUCCAUUAGCCAAGGACCCAUCUUGUCAUGUUCGCUUAGCCCUAGCUGAACAUUUGGCCGAGCUCGCGGACAUUGCAUCCAAGUUUCUUAGCAAUUCGACCGGCGAUGUACUUCAUUAUAACACUGAAUUAGCAGUAUUACAUUCAGGUUUCCAGGCGAUGGUUGCUAAUCUUUUAACGGAUCAAUCGAGUGAAGUGAAAAUAUGGCUACUCUCAAACAACAUUUCGAAACUUUGUAAAUUUUUUGGUCACCAAAAAACAAAUGAACUAAUUUUGUCUCAUAUAUUCACAUUUUUAAAUGGAACGGAAAUGCAUGAUCUUCGUAGUGCAUUUUUUGACAAUGUUGUGCCAAUUGCUGAGUACCUUGGAUCCCCAUGUAUAGAACUUCUUAAACCAUUUCUUCAACAAGGACUAUCGGAUACGGAAGAAACUGUUAUCUACAGAACUUUGAUCUGCUUAUCUAAAUUAACUGAAGCAAAAUUAUGGCAAAAACCAAUAGUAUUUGAAAUCUUAAGUGAUGCUAUCAGUUUACUUUCCCAUCCAAACAUUUGGGUGAGACACAGUUUAGUGAACUUUAUCCAUGUUCUUGCUCAAGAAUUGAGCAGUGCUGAUAUUUAUUGUAAAAUUAUGCCUCUCAUUGCUCCAUACAUGACGAAAGAGAUUUUCUCAUUACAAAAUAUCGAUGUUCUGCUGGAAAAUCUUAAGAGCCCGAUACCAAGACAUGUGUUGAAUAUAAUUAUUCAACCAUCACGCUAUACGAAUCUAAAGGAUAAUAGUUUCAUUCCACUCAUUGAUUGUCUUAAGGAAAGAAAAAAACUGCGAGCAAAGGCAAGAGCUGGCAAACAAAAUUCUGUUGAUUAUACUUGUCCUCUUCUCCGAUCACUCAACUAUCAAGGAGAGAGCAGAUUAUCAGAGGACCAAGAAGAGCAGAUUCUUAAUUUAUCCAAAAUUUUGGGUAAAAUCCAUCGAGAUUUUCGAGGUCGUCCUGAGCCUGACCCAACUGCAAACAUAAUCUCAGUUCGUAAACCUCGCAAAACAUAUUCUGUAAAUCUCAAUGAAACUGACAAAUCAGACAUGUUUUACCGAAGGAAUUACCAAACGGCAUCAGGAAUAAACAUUAAUGACGAAUGGCAAUCGAUGUUUGGCUCACAUCGAGAAAGCGCUGAGACAUCACAGGAAAUUCUAGAUGCUAAUUCUGUUAAUGAAAAAUCAACAGAUCUUGAUGUGAUUCCAGUUGCUCAGGAGGCUAAAGAAAAUGUUAUUAGUAACAGUGGACCACAACCCAUAACAUGUCCACCUUGUGUUAACGAUUUGCACAAUUUAAUCUCUCGCAAAAAACAUUACUUCAUCUAUAACAUGUCUGAAAUGUCCAAUUCAACCACCGAACCUCGGGUUACAAGUAAAUAUGGUGUCACUUCUCAUGCGCCUCGAGGUGUCUUGUUAGGACAAUUUCAUGAACACUCAGGAUGCAUCAAUAGGAUGACACUUAUUGAACCAAGUACGGUUUUUGUUACCUGUUCUUCGGACUGUACGUUGAAAGUUUGGGAUGCUGCGAAAGUGGAAGAUAGAAAUUGCAUGAUAAACAAAUCAAAGCAAAGCUUCAGAGUUUCUGAAGAUGAAACUGAAUUUAAGACAGUGGUUUAUGCCCCAGGGACCAAUAACCUAAUCAGUUUCACAAAAAGUAAUACUCUUUACAUUCUGCAAAUGGACAAUUCAUCUUCUAAAAUGAAACUAAAUCGAAAAGUUAAAAUGUAUUGUUGCGAUGAAGAUAAUACCUUUUUAACUGAUCUUUGUGUCAUUUCACCCAAUGUUUUUGCCGCAUCCAACACGGCCUCUCAAAUAGUUGGCCGUGAUCUCAGGCAACCUUUGAAUCAAUCUCCAUCUUGGAAGAUUGAAGAUCCUCUAGUCAAAGGAAUGAUAAGCUGUCUCGAUGGUAACGAGCACAUACUCUGUGUUGGUACUUCUCGAGGCGUUUUAACAAUUUAUGAUCUCCGAUUCUACCUCGAAGCAAGUGUAAUGAACUUUGGAAAGAAUAAGAAAAAUGGUAAAAGGGUGAUGCGAAUUCUUUUCUCAAAGGGUGUUCUCUACUCAGCAAUUCAAGGAAACAAUGAAGUUAUUUUGUGGAAUUGUGGCACUUCGGAACGUAUUCGCUCUCUUUGGGCCAGUGACCUUCCAGCUCUAACAGCUGAGAAUAAAGAUGUAUGCGCUCGAUCGGUGAACGGAAUAGUGACCCUUGACAUAAAUGGAAAUGAAUGUGUCGUUACUGGAGGGACUGACUUCAAGCUUCGUUUCUGGGAUUGUCUUAACAUUAAUAAUUGUGGUCUAAUCUCUGAUUCCAAUAGAAGUGUCCCUUGGCCAUAUUCCCCCUCAUUCAGAAAUGCACCGCCUGAAUAUACGGUUCAUUAUGACGUGAAACUGAUCGAAGGCGGUGAAGUAAUUCAAGAACAUAAAACUUAUCGUCAACCUUCAACCACCUCAUUGGAUUCAGGUUUCCCUCACUCAUCUUCAUCUACAUCUCUCAAUAUUGGUCCAGGUAAUUCUAGUGGAAUAACUUGGGAGCAAUCGGCAGUUUCACAAGCUCAUAAAUCAUCAGUAACUGAUCUCCUUUGGUUGAACAAAAUGAAUGCAUUGAUUUCAUCAAGUGCUGAUGGAUGUGUCAAAGUAUGGAGAUGAUCAACAUUAUUAAUCUUUAAAUUAUUUCAUUUUUCACUUCAAUUUCUAUUAUGAAAUUGUCUUCAAGUAUACAAUACUUUUCAUUUUAAAACCGCCAUAAUUUUUUUCUAUCACAUUUCCUUAAAUUAUCAUUGAUCUUAUCUCGAUGUUUUUUGACUUUCUAUCGGUCAACUCAAGUAAUUAUUGCUCAUGAUACAAUAACUGUAUCAAUAUAUUAAUAUUAAUGAUAAUUGAUUAGCAUCUCUGCUCUACUCCCUCUCUUUCUCUUAGCAUUCACUCUUGAUUUUUACUUUAUUUCUUUUUCUUUUCAAUAUUAUAAGGUCACUAGAAGACCAGUACCCAAUAUAAUAUAUUCUAAAAAUAUUAAUAGUUAAUGGAACGCUAAUCAACCGAAAUCGAAACAUAAAUCUAAUAUAUGAAAACUGAAACAAACUUAAUGUACAAACCGUUACUUGUGAUUAAAUAUCAAUUUGCAACAAAA